GAGUCCAUUUCCAUUGGCAACUGAACACUGUUCAAAACAGCGCACUAAACUCAGGGGAUGAUGGCAACCUUGACCGAGACCGAAAUGAAGAAGAUAUCAAAACUUCAGAGGUGCGAGGCUGUGCCGCGGCUCGCGGGUCACUUCACGUGGCCCGAGUUCGGUGACAAGCGGUGGCCCUCCGUACUGCGACAGUUCCACCAGCACUUCGUGUUCGACAUGGCGCUGUUCACGGUAACUCUGGGCUUGCCGUGGAGGGACGUGAUCCGAGCAGCGACGAUGGCUAAAGACGUAUUUCCGCGGCUCAAUGGUUUGGACAUUCCUGCCCUACUGGCCCUUCUGGAUGAGGCUCAAACCCAACGGCUGCCCAACCUAUCACUGCUCCAUGGGAGUCAGCUGAGCUGGUACCUCACCAACGCCUGCGUUGGGAGCCACCGGCUACUCGCAGCAGUAGUGGACCAUGCCACCAACGUUUCCACCGAGCGGGCUCAUUUAGAGGUGCAGGUGCCCCCAAGGCCACUGCCUCUCACCCAGGGCCUGACCCUGGAGGAGGUGGAACUCCAGAGACGACAGGCAGAGCUCACCGCCGCCCUGGGGUGCACUGAGCACCAACUCCAGGCUCUACGCACGACCCCAAGGGUCAGCAGGAGGACGGAGGUCAACACGGCCGCACUGCUAGAUGCCGAGGGUGUACAGGAGUUGGUCCGUUCUAUGGCGGAGCAAGUAGCCACCAGCCUGCGUCAAGAAGCCACUCUGGUCGCAAAACUCCUGGAGCUCAAACUGCAGAGCACAGUCUUGUCCACUAGGGGGAGCAGCAGCCCAGCUCUGACUCCCCAGGCCAUCGCCAAGCCUACACGACCAGCUCAGGUCAGGAAGGGGAGGAGGAAGUGAUGCAUGGAGCUGUAUGGAGCACACAGGAAUCUUAUGAGCUUAUGGUAUGUUUGAGCUAGGGUUAACCCUAACCCUAGGUCUACAUAAAACAACCAGGCCUACUUGUAAAUACUGUCCAAGAUUCCUAACAGGAGAGGACUAUCGUUUUUGUUAUAUCCAUGGCAUGUAUCUUUAAUUUUCCAAGAAUUCCGUUUGUUGAAAGCCCUCAUAAGUUGCCUCACAUAUUUAUUUUAAACAUGCAUUAAUGUUCAAAUAUAUAUGCAUGCAUAUAUUUAGUAUACAUAUGUGUUUAUAUAUAUAUACAAAUAUGUGUAUAUAUAUUAAAAAAAAACUUUCCUCACACAGAAUCAUCAACAUAAUGUAGAAUGCAUACAUUGGAGAGAUGCCUUUAAUGUCAACAAAUAUAUGAGCAGUUUGUUAUUUAACUUAAUGGAUUUGGCCCCAGGUUGAUUGUCUAUGUCAAGAUCAAAAUCAGCCAUGAUUUGGGUUCAACUCACCUCCUCUCACAGCGAGCCAUUGACAUCCAUGACAAUCCCCACUUGAUCAGCUCCCACAGCUGGAUCUGGGUUUUAACAGCACAAGUAAGUGCAUACGAACUGCUCUGACAAAUCCACAAAUUAAUAUUGUGUGUCUCCUCACAAGUGCACUCCUCAAACUGAGAAGCAUAGUUAGAAUUGUGAAUGAAGACAGUGGCUGCGUUUUGCACUGUGUGCUGAAUACUGAGUGCAGAGGGACUCAGUUUUAUUGAGAGGGAUGUCACAAAUUUAUAUUUGACAGUCCCAGGGAAUCCAUUUCUGUUGCGUCCAUCCUCAGUAUAUUCUGUCUGAUUGGAACAGGUCCACCGAACGCUCCUCUUUCAUUAAACCAUCAGACAAUGCCAAAUUAGGGAAUUGCUGAUCUUUUGGGGGGGAAAUUGUAAAUUGCUGUUCAUGCGCAGUGGCAUAGCGUAAGCACACCAUCCAACCUGUUGAGUUGUUUGUUUUGUGGGCACUAUUGGAGAAAACAAGCUCGCCAGGGCAGUUUGUAUGCGCCUACUUCUGCGGGCCAAACCCAGAUCCAGCUGUGCCAGCUGCUCAACACCAUAGGGACUGUAUGGAUGAUUGGAAGGAACGGCUCACCAACCUCCCCAAUUCAGAGUAGAGAGGAGGCGAGUUGGACAGAAACAUCAUGGCUGGUUUACAUCUUGAAGUAUACAAUAACAGUUAUCCUGGUGUCUUAGCCAACAGCCAAAUCCUUUCGGAAAUUAGACCUUUAUCCUCUCUCUCUCAGUGGAGUAAAACAGCCAGUAAGCAGACUGAUAUUACAUUGAAACAAAGUGACAUAUAAACUCAGAUAAUGGCCAAAAGCCUGUUCUUCCGUUUUUAUGAUUAUUACUCACCCACUCUAUGUGCUAUGCAUGCAUGAUUUGAGUAUGCUGCCGUACACAAACUGGCCUAAGAGGCCAGUAAUGAGAAGGGAUUUAUGAUUAUCAUGCAUAGCACCUUUUAAAUCUCUUCUCAGAUAGCAAAAUAUUUUUUUUCUCAGACUAACAGGUUUUCCUCUCAGAUUAACAGUGUUAAAUUUCAGUCCCAACAGAGUUCGCUGUCGCGCUACGGCGCACAGAGCUCUCUGUGUGAAAGUGGCAGAAACAAGACUUUAUGGUGAACACACUCAGCAGGGGGGCGAGGGAGACGAGAGAGAGAGGUGUGGCUCGCAGCUGGGUCUCCACUUGUGUGUCUCACAAAACAGGAAAUCUUGGUUUCAAUUGAAUAAUCCCUUUUGUCGACAUAACACGAUUCUCGUACAAAUGCAAAUGAACAGGUUUGAGGUUUUUUUCAAGUAAAUGUAUUUAUUGGUUGUUCAAAUUGCUGGUGGAAAGGCAACACAAAAUCUGCAAGAACAAGUUUUUCCCUCAGGAUGUCUUCUUCUGCUUUUCUACCGUUUAUUUAGUGGUGACUAAAGUGAAUAAAGUAAAACUAGUCCAG